ACACACAGGCACCAGGAUCGCAGGCAGCUCCUGGAUGAACCAAGCCAACCGGGCGUUAACUGGGAAUCCAUAUUUGCUGGUAGCAUACCGCCCGUAUGGGACGUUUUCGAAAAGCAGUGUAACAAAAGUGAUGGCUGCCAUGAAAACUAUCAGGUAAGCCAAGCAGUCCAACACGUACAGCUCCUCUUCCUCCGAGGUGAAGAGCCAGGACAGGAGCGCGUCCAUCAUGGGCGGAAGCGCUAAUGUUACAAAACUAAUUAUACAAACGAUGGAAAUGUUACAUGCAACUAUUUGAUAACAUGCCGUAUUGCUCGCUACCACUGAGGUAAACACUGGAGUGCUAUAGUGGACACACGAGACUGACUCACGCGUUCCCGAUUCAGCACCAAUCACAGUCCCUUAACAUACAGGGAAUAUACAACGUCAUUGGGUCUCAUCAGCCAAUCAAAAUGAUCGCUUCUCCAUCGGAGUUAUUCAACGUGGUGUGGUGUCUGAUGUCAUCAAUAAAUAUUCAUAAAGGAAUUAAAAUAGUCUUAUUUAGGUGUGAUACUUUAUCACAAUUGAUUAUUUUAUUUCAGGCAUAUUUGAUGGCCACCUCGACAGGGGUCCUGAUUCACGUGCGUCAGAGGUAACACGUUUCGAGGAUACAACAAGCGUCGCAGUUCAUCGUCGCACGUUCACCAGACUCGCAUUUUCAUCCGAGUUUUAGGCUACAAUUCUCGGCGUCCAGACCACCACGACGCUCCGCAGACUUUCCUCCAGAGUGCUCUGCUUUUCCAACAACAACAACAACAACAUGGGGAAAAGAAGCAGGCAGCGGCAGAAAAACCAGAAUACUAAAGGGGACGACAGAGACAACGCAGGCUGGGGGAAAGGCUAUGCUGACAUUGUCAAGGAGAAUAAGCUGUUUGAACACUACUACCAAGAGCUCGGCCUGGUGCCUGCUGGGGAGUUUGGUCAGUUCAUGGAUGCAAUGAGGGAACCGCUGCCAGCAACCAUCCGCAUCACUGGAUACAAGAGCCAUGCCAAAGAAAUCCUCCACUGUCUGAAGGACAAAUACUUUAAGGAUAUUCAAGAGGUGGAGAUCGAUGGUCAGAAGAUUGAGGCUCCACAGCCUCUGAGCUGGUAUCCCGACGAGCAGGCCUGGCACACCAACAUGAGCAGGAAGAUCAUUAGGAAGUCUCCCCUGCUGGAGAAGUUCCACCAGUUUCUGGUCAGCGAGACCGAGUCGGGUAACAUCAGCCGACAGGAAGCUGUCAGUAUGAUCCCUCCUCUCCUCCUGAAGAUUGAGUCGCACCACAAGAUCCUGGACAUGUGUGCAGCUCCAGGGUCGAAGACAGCCCAGCUGAUCGAGAUGCUCCAUUCUGACAUGGACGUGCCGUUUCCAGAGGGCUUUGUCAUUGCCAACGACGUGGACAACAAGCGCUGCUACCUGCUUGUGCACCAAGCCAAGCGUCUCAACAGCCCCUGCAUCAUGGUGGUGAACCACGACGCCUCCUGCAUCCCCACGCUCAGGAUCGACUUGGACGGCAAGAAGGACACCCUCUUCUACGACCGCAUCCUGUGUGACGUUCCCUGCAGCGGGGACGGCACCUUGAGGAAGAACAUAGACGUGGGGAAGAAAUGGACGACCAGCAACAGCCUGCGCCUCCACGGGGGGGGGGGGGGGGGGGGGAGUUUGCUCCAGCUGCGAAUCGCUGUGCGCGGUGUUGAACAGCUGGCUGUGGGAGGGAGGAUGGUCUACUCCACCUGUUCACUCAACCCUAUAGAGGACGAAGCUGUCAUCGCUGCACUGCUGGAGAAGAGCGAAGGGGCGUUGGAGCUGGUCGACGGCUCAGCUGAUCUGCCGGGGCUGAAGUGGAUGCCUGGGGUCGCUGCCUGGAAGCUGAUGACCAAAGAGGGCCAGUGGUUCUCGGACUGGUCCGAGGUUCCGAGCAAUCGUCGCACACAGAUCCGCCCCACCAUGUUCCCGCCGACAGACCCAGAGAAACUGGCCGACAUGCAUCUGGAGAGAUGUAUGAGGAUUCUGCCACAUCACCAGAACACAGGAGGUUUCUUUGUGGCUGUGCUGGUGAAGAAAGCCCCCAUGCCUUGGAACAAAAGAUAUCCCAAGCUGAGGAAGGACGUCUCGUCCGGCUCGGCGGCCCAGACUGAAGGCUCCCCGGCGGCCUCGACCCCCGCAGACGCUCCCCGCCUCCCAGAAAGUGCUGAGGGGGAGGGGGAGGGGGGAGGACCGGAGGGAAAAGUAGACAAGGAGGCAGAGGAGGAGGCACCCAAAGGAGCUUCCUCUGCCCAGGAGACCACUGCUAAACAGGAUGGAGUGUGUGGACCUCCAGCCUUCAAGAAGAUGAAGCUGUUUGGAUAUAAAGAAGACCCCUUUGUGUUCCUUACUGAAGAAGACCCCGUCUUCACCACCAUACAAUCUUUCUACGAUCUGUCACCCAACUUCCCCAAGCUCAACGUUCUGACCAGGACCCACGAUGGCAAGAAGAGACACUUGUACAUGGUGUCCAAAGAGCUCCGCAACGUGCUACUCAAUAACAGCGAGCGCAUGAAGGUCAUUAACACAGGCGUGAAGGUGUGGUCUCGCAACAGUGAUGGAGAGGAGUUUGGCUGUCCCUUCAGACUGGCUCAGGAGGGUAUCUACACUCUUCAGCCGUACAUUCGCUCCAGGAUCAUCCGAGUGAGUGUGGAGGACAUCAAAGUGCUGCUGACCCAGGAGAACCCCUACCUCAGCAAACUGGAGGAAGACGCCCACGCUCAGGCCAAGAAAUUGGUAAUGGGUAGCAUUGUGCUGAAGUACAAUCCCAACACAAAUAACCCGGAGGACCCGCAGUGUCCCAUCCAGCUGUGUGGCUGGAGGGGGAAGACGUCCAUCCGAGCCUUCGUGCCCCGCAACGAGAGGUUUCAUUACCUCCGAUUGUUAGGCGUGGAGGUCUUCAAAGAGAAACAGGGCCUCGGGCAGAAGGGGAAGGAUGGAGAGAUGGAAGGGAAGGAAGAGGUGGAGGACGAGGUGGGAAAGAAGGACGCAGAGAAGGAAGGAGCAGCGGAAAAUGAGGCAGAGCUGGACUUGGAGAACGGUGAUGAAAACGGAUCAUCAGAACCAAAGAAUUAGCAGUUGAGAACGUGGAGGAGGUGGUAGAGAGAAAGGAGGACUGACUGAGAGCUGUUGAUCAGGUCAAAGACCACGUGGUGGAGGAGGAGGAGGAUGAUGGGUCUCACCACUGCAUAGAUGGACUCCUUUUGGGAUUUUUACUUAUUUGAUCCCCUCCAGGAGUUUUAGUUAAAUGGCUUCUUAUUUUAUCUUUAUUUUGGGGAAUUUUUUUUAUAUUUUAACAAACCUGGCAUCAAUUAUUUUUCCCGUUGCUCAUGUUUAUAGAAGUUUAAAUUAACUGCCAUCUCAAUUUCUACACCUGUAAUCAAGCAGAAAUAUGGAGUUGAUUAAAAGCGUUAACUGUGUCAUCAUCACCUGUUCAAAUUAUUUGGCUUCAUGCUCAUUCUUGAUCUACUGAAGUAUUAAAGACAUGCUUAGGAAGGGGUUGAUUAAAUCACAUUAGACAUAAUAAAACGUUCAUGAGGAAUUAAAUAUGAAGUAUGAACCUCUAAAGCAGUGGGAAAUAAAGUGAGUACUGCUGCGUCCUGGAGCACUGCUAGUUUUACUUUAACUACUCCUAAUACUACAUUAAUAAACAAAGUGACAUUAAUAUUAACUACAUUUUACUAUUCAGUUUUCAAUAAUGAUACGGAUGAAUACAUGGGCUGCAUGACUACAU